AUGGGUAUUAAGGAUGUGUGGGUGGAUGGAAGGUGGGAUGAAGAACAACUUGUGAUUCUGGUUGGAGAGGACAAAACGAGGCAGAUAGUGCAUCAAAUAAAAAUUGGUAAGGAGGGACGGGAUAUGGUCAUUUGGAAGCCAGCCAGAGAUGGACUUUUCUCCUCAGCAAGUGCAUGGGAUAUUAUGCAGAUAAGAGGGAUUGAACAACCAGGGAUGGAGCGGAUGUGGCAUAGUGUCUUGCCUAAAAAGAUUGCAGUUUGUAUGUGGAAAGCUAAGGUUAAUGGCUUGGCUGUGGAUGAUCGGUUGCAGUCCCGGGGCAUUCCCAUCGUUUCACGAUGUGAUUGUUGUUCGUUAGGAAGUUGUGAAUCUGUUGAUCAUGUAUUCGUCUCAGGGGAUAUAGCAACACAAGUCUGGGAAAGUUAUAUGGCCCUUCUGGAUCUCGUCCCUCGGGUCUCACAAAUCUUCGAUAUGCCGUUCGAGUCUCUUGCUUUUGACCAACAAAUCAUCUACAUAGACUUCCAUGCUCCUCCUGAUUUGGUCUUUGAACAUGUGAUCGACAAGCCUUUGGCCAGUAUUUAUCCUGGUCCUUAUCAUGGAAUAAGUAGUGUGGACCCCAUUCGUCCUGUGGCAGGAGCAGAAUUGUUUGGUCCAUUAAUCGCAGAACAGUUUGGCUAUAUUAUUUCCUACAAGAGCAAUAUUGCGAUUCUCGAUGACAAAAUUUCGAAGUUACAAGAGAAGGAGCAGGCAGUGCGACGAUCUUUUGAAGACGCCAAAUGGAAGCGACAGACAGUCCCAAGUGAAGGUAAGACCUGGCAGGCAAAUGUAGAGAAAAAAAUUGAAGAAGCCCAGAAAUUCCUUAAAGAAGAAGAUGUCCAAGCGAAUAGGAUGUGCUUGAAUGGUUGGUGUGAUUUGAAGCUACGCUAUUCCUUGAGUAAGGAAGCUCAAAAGAAUAUUCAAGCUAUCGACGGCUUGCUAAGAGAAGGUAAAGAUUAUGAUAAAGUGUACAAUAUUAAACUUCCAUUGGAAGUAAGAUCAUCAUCGUUUAUGAAUUUUGAUUCUCAAGAAUUGAUGAUUCAAGAUGUUUUGGAAGCUCUAAAGAAUGACAAGAUUGACAUGGUUGCAUUAUGCGGUAUGGGAGGAAUCGGCAAGACAAAAAUGGCCAAAGAGAUUGGGAGAAGAGUCAAAGAUGAGAGUUUGUUUGAUAAAGUUGCGAUUACUGUGGUGUCUCAAAGUCCGAACUUGACAAAGAUUCAAGGUGAACUUGCAGAAAUGCUAGGUAAGAGACUUGAUGCGGAGAAUGAACGUGUAAGAGCAAAUGAAUUAUAUUCAAGAUUAACUGAGGAGAAGAAAGUCCUUUUGAUAUUGGAUGAUGUUUGGAAACCACUUGAUAUAGAGGCUAUUGGAGUUUACCAUGCAGUUAAAGAAAAGAGCUGCAAAAUCUUGUUGACGUCAAGAAAUAAAGAAGCUUGCAAUGUGAUGAGAAUUCAAAAGAUUUUUUCAGUUGGACUUUUAUCUGAAGAAGAAGCGUGGAAUCUUUUCGUAGAGAUGGCAGGUGAUUGUAUCAAAACCUCCAAUCUAAUCUCAAUUGCAAAACAGGUCGCGGAUGAAUGUGCAUGUUUACCCCUUGCCAUUGUGAUAGUUGGAGGUGCUCUUAGCAACAAAAGCGACAAAAAGGAGUGGAAAGCCGCGCUUCAACAACUUAAAAUGUCUAUCCCACAUAAUAUUUAUGGUCUGCAUCCAAACUUAUAUUCCAGCAUAGAGUUAAGUUACAAUUACUUAAAAAGUGACGAAGCCAAAUCAUGUUUUUUGCUAUGUUGUUUGUAUCCGGAAGAUUAUAAUGUUCCAAUUGAAGAUUUAGUCAGGUAUGGAGUUGUAAAAAGGUUUCUUAAAGACUUGGGUACUGUGGAACAAACAAGAGAACAUGUCCACACAAUAGUUAAGAAUCUUAUAAGAUCAAAUCUAUUGCUGGAUGGCGACUACUACAAGGAAGAAUACGUCAAAAUGCAUGAUGUUGUAAGGGAUGUUGCCAUAUCAAUUGCAUCUAGAGAUGAAAAUGGUUUUAUGGUAGUGUUGCAUGAAGAACUUGAAAAAUGGCCACAGAAUGGUGACAGUUACACCACAAUUUCUCUUUUACUUGGAGAAAUGAAAGGGCAUCCUACUGAGUUGAAGUGUCCCACAGUUCAGCUUUUGCGACUAUUAUGUUUGAAGCAUUCAAAAACAUUCCAAGACAAUUUAUUUGACGGGAUGAAGGAGCUAAAGAUGUUGUCUUUGCAAGAUUGUAGGUCUUCCUUGACGAUGUUGCCACCAUCAAUCCAGAUCCUCCAGAACCUUCAGAUGUUGAAUCUGGAGUAUUGUUGCUUAGGAGAUGUGUCGGCAAUUGGAACCCUUGGCAACCUAGAAAUUCUUAGCUUUUCUUAUUCCAAAAUCGAGGAGUUGCCGUCGAAAAUAGGAAAGCUUAGUCGUUUAAAGUUACUAGAUAUGAAGGGAUGUGAUUCUCUAAAGAGAAUUGCAGCUGGUGUAUUAUCCGGUUUAUCUCGACUAGAAGAAUUGUACAUGGGAGAAUUCAAGAAUUGGGGAUGUAUGACUACGAUGGAAGGAAAUGGGGAAGUAACAAAUAAUAAUGCAAGCCUUGCUGAACUAAUUCCUUAUUCCAAUCAACUGGUGGUUUUAGAAAUCAGUGUGCCAAGUAUCUCGUGCUUGCCAGAAGAAUUGGACUUCAGUAACUCCCAUUUCAGAUUUAGGAUAAAUAUUUGUAUAAACGAUAAGUUAAACGAUGGGAGAUAUUUAUUUGAAAAUACUUUGGAACUUGAAGUGAAGGAUGCAAGUGAUCUUGGGGAACACCGAACAAUUCAUUCAUUGUUGAAGAAUGCUGUAAUUUUGAAUUUGGAUAUUGAAAAAAAUUGGAAACAUAUUUGGUUUGAGAAAGAGGAAAAAGGAAUUUUCCCAUGCAGCUUGAAGGAUCUAACAAUUAAUAGAUGUGAAGAUUUAGAAUAUCUACUCGAAGCCACAUCGGAUAGUACUCCACCUAAUACCUUCCAUCUCCUGGAGUCACUAUCAUUAUACAACUUACCAAGGCUCAUUGGCAUAUGUAAAUCCACAGAUUCAGUUGAGAUUACAUUGACAAAGGAAGAGGAGCAAAAUGUGAGUGAGACUGAAAAUCAAGUAAAGAUGUUGUCUCUGUUUCAAUACAACUUGAUUGAAAGUUUGGAGAAUCUAGAAGAACUUUCUAUAUAUCAAUGUGAUUCAUUGGAAGUGAUAUUUGAACUUGAGGGACUAAAUGCCGAAGAAAGCAAUAUCUUCAAUAAUUUGACAGUAUUGUCAUUAAUAUAUUUACCGAAGCUAUUGCAUAUAUGGAAGAAAGGCCCACGAGAUAUUAAGGGAUUUAAUUACUUGAGAUUGCUACAUGUAUGGAAAUGUGAUAGUUUGAAAUGUUUGUUCACACCAUCCAUAGCAAAACUUCUUCUGAAACUAGAGGAAAUAGAAGUAUAUAGUUGCAAUGAAAUGGAAGAAAUCCUUGGAAAAGAAUUGGGAGAUGAAGAGAAUAGAGAUGUGAUUGCAUUCCCCCUAGUGAAGACUCUCAAGUUUUGGAAUUUACAAAAGUUGGAGUGUUUUUACACCGAAGAUAAUCAUGCUUUUGAGUGGCCAUAUCUGGAUAAAAUAACAAUAAUUGGAUGCCCCAAAUUAAGAAUGUUUGUCUCGACAAGUACAAAAACACCUAAGCUAAAGGGAGUGCAUAUGGAGUCCGAAACUUUUCAACCAACGAUAGAAGGAGACCUCAAUGCCACCAUACAACACAUUAUCAAGAAAAGGGCCCCUCGAUCUUCUCAAUAUCUUGGCUAG